GGCAUUCCUACGCUUUCCGUGUCGCUCGCUCUGCACCAGCCCGUCAACCGUGUCACCGGCUGCUGCACGAUCCCGUCCUCCCCCGACGCUCAUUCGGUCAAUCGAGAGACGUGCACCCCUCGAGACGCAGGUCAACCAAUCCAUCUGAGUUCGCGACGACUCUUUGCCGACAAUCCCUGCCGCGCGCUAGCCUAGCGACCGAUCUGAAUCAUUCGCCAUGGCCUUUCUUUUCAAGUCGAAGAAGCACCAGGACCGAGGGCUCACGAGCCGAGAUGGAUCCCAAGGCCCCGGGGCGGCGAUGGGCGGCGCGACAACGCGCGUGAGGGAAGAGAAGGGAGCGCGCUCCACGCCGACCGGUAGUCUUGGCUCGAUAGACAACGACGGCAGCAUGGGCAGCCCAGACCAGCCGUACGCUCGCCAACGAGGCCAGAGCCUGGAUCAGCAGCAGCAGGCUGCUUCGCCAAUGCAGCAACAUCCCGGCGAAUUACCACUUCGCAACGGCGGCCCACCGCAGUUGGCGACCAACCCAAACGCUUCGCUUUAUCCCUGGUCGCAGCAGAGGUUGACUUACACGUCGUCACACCCGAGUCCAUUCCCUCGCUAUGGCGCCGCCGUCAAUUCAGUCUCGUCUAAGGAGGGCGAUAUCUACGUGAUGGGCGGGCUAAUAAACAGCUCAACCGUCAAGGGUGACUUGUGGCUAAUCGAGGCCGGGGCCAACAUGGCCUGCUACCCGUUGGCGACCACCGCCGAGGGGCCAGGGCCAAGAGUCGGGCAUGCGAGCUUGCUGGUCGGCAACGCGUUCAUCGUGUUCGGCGGAGAUACGAAGAUCGAGGAAACCGAUGUUCUGGACGAGACGCUAUAUUUGUUGAAUACAUCGACUAGACAGUGGUCAAGGGCGUUGCCUGCAGGGCCUCGGCCUACUGGUAGAUACGGGCAUUCCUUGAACAUCCUUGGCUCCAAGAUCUACAUCUUUGGUGGCCAGGUGGAGGGUUACUUUAUGAAUGACCUAUCCGCCUUUGACCUCAACCAGUUGCAAAUACCCAACAAUCGCUGGGAGAUGCUCAUCCCCAGCAGCGACAGCGGAACUCCCCCCCAAGGCAAAAUCCCACCGGCCCGGACAAAUCACUCCAUGGUUACCUUCAACGACAAGCUCUACCUGUUUGGCGGUACGAACGGAUUCCAAUGGUUCAACGAUGUCUGGUGUUACGAUCCCAUGACAAAUCUCUGGGCCCAAUUGGAUUGCAUAGGCUACAUUCCGUCUCCGCGGGAAGGCCAUGCCGCGGCACUAGUUGACGAUGUCAUGUACAUCUUUGGAGGCCGAACGGAGGAUGGGGCGGACCUGGGCGAUUUGGCGGCGUUCAGGAUCACCUCCCGUCGGUGGUAUACCUUCCAAAACAUGGGACCAUCACCGUCGCCUCGAUCCGGGCACAGUAUGACUGCUGUUGGAAAGAAGAUCGUGGUUGUAGGAGGAGAGCCAAGCUCUGCCGCUACCGCUGUGAACGACUUGGCACUCGUCUACUGCUUGGAUACUACGAAAAUCCGAUAUCCGAAUGACUCCAGCGCCAACGCGCCGAGGACCAGGCGGCCCAGCGAUCUCACGACACAGAAUGUGCCCCGUAACGCACCUUCCCGAGAGGGCUCAAAUGGCCCGCCUGAGGCUAGAAGACAGAUCGGAGCGGCCGGACCAAACGGGUUUAGGUCCCCAACCAGCGAAUCAAGUCCGCAAAAUCUUCAGCCUACUGGCUCUUCUAGACUGCCGAGGUCUACGGGACCAACUGCACCCCUCGGGCCGCCUCCUCAAGGGAAUCCCCCAAAGCCAGGGCUAGGAGCUCCUCCUCCCCGGCAAAGAGCCCAAUCCCUGGAACGGCAGGAGCAAUCCCCUACAUCCCCGGUGACGUCGCCCAUUCCACAGCAAGUGGCAGUGCUGAAGGCGGGCGACGGCUCCGCCGUCAAUGGGAGACGUACCCCUACACAAAACCCUCCGCGGUCGUCCUCCAGGCAAGCGGAGUUCCAGGCUAUUGACUCGACGAAGCCAAAGUCGGCCAAGCAGGGACGCAGCCAAGGGUCCGUGGACAGCUCAACUGAGCCGGCUCUCAAGCAGGUUGUGACUCGACCGUCCUCUCCUCCACCACCCACUCGUCAAGCCAGCAACCCGCUAUCGCGGAGGUCAUCGACCCGGAACUCGCAGACGGUUGCCCUGCUGAAGGAGCUGGAUGCCGCGAGGAAUCGUAAUGCAUGGUAUGCAUCUGAGUUGGAGUUGGCGCGGAAGGCCGGCUACGUACCGAAUACUGCUCUCAGCCCAGUCCUCGACGGCCGAGCCAUGGAUACGUUCGAUGACGAGGAUAAACCACUCAUCGAGGCACUGCUGGCCAUGCGGACAGAGCUGGCCAAUGUUCAAGCCUCCGUAGACAAGCAGGCCGUCCUGGCAGCUAGGCAGAUCGCGGAGGCCGAGAGGCAACGAGAUGCCGCCAUUCAGGAGGCAGUUUAUGCCAAGGCAAAACUAGCAGCAAGGGCUGGCUGUAGUGCUAACAGCACCCCGCGCCUCGAUAGCGAGAAGGAUCCCGAUGACCGAGCUGGCGAGAUAAGCAGGAAGCUUGCUUAUGCGUUGAACACGCAGAAGGAGCUCCAGGGCCAGUUGGAUCGCCUCGGUGUCGAGUAUGAGGCUGAAAAGAAAGCACGAAAACUAGCGGACGAAACCGUCACCGCGGCGCAAAAGAGGAUGACGGAGCUUGAGAGUUACAAACAGCAGAACGCAUCCGAACUCGAGCGGUUAAAGGCAGAGUUGCACAUGGCACAGCGCGAGGCGCGGGAGCAGUCAGUCGCCGCCGCUGAAGCUCUAGCAGCAAUGCAAAAAUUGCGUGUCGAAAAGGAGGAGCUGGAAGAGAAGUACGAUGAGGCUGUGGGAAGCUCCAAGGAUCAUGUCGAGACCUUCGAGACCCUGCGUGGUGCGGUUACGGCUUCUGCGGAGACCAAGGCUCUAUUGGAGCGGAAAUUGGACGAGGAGCGGGCCCUCAGAGAGGCGGUCGAAUCUAAGCUCAACAAGUUGAAAGCGGAACACGAAGCAAGAACCGCUGAGCUUGUCGCGACUACGCAACGAUUACGGGAUGUCGAGGAGCUGGCCGAGCAGCAUGCCAACGAAGCCCGGGUGCAUCGCGAAGCUGUGAUAGCCGGUCUCGAGAAGAUCUCGAUGAAGGAUCCGGCGAAAUCGGAAAAGGAAAGCAGUGAACGACUCCGCACUCUCCAGGGGCAGAUAGACUCGGCCAAUGCCCUGGUCAGGAAGUAUCAGCAAGAGGCGGACAGCGCAGCAGACAGGUUACGGGGUGCCGAGGAGCGAAUCGCAGGUUUGGAGGCUUACCAGGAACAGGCAAGUCGCGAAGGUGUCUCGAUUCGGCGGCAGCUGCAAAGCGCUCUUAGGGAGACGCAAUCUUUGCAGGCCACAAACUCGGAGCUCAAGCAGCAACUUGCUAAGCAACAAUUGGAGACGAAUGCCAUGCUUGUGCAGUACAACGCUCUAAAAGAUAUCCUCGGGGAGCGGGGCAUCUCGCCCACCACAGCCGUGCGGAUGCGCGGCAGCCCUCGCGAAGGGUCUCCGGAGCAAAUGCGUCUCCGCGAGCUCGAGCAACAGCUCGGCGCCGCGCAAGCCGCCCUGGAAGAGACAAGGGCGCAAGCUGCAGCCCAAGCACAAGAGUCAGAGUCGACGUACCGUGACAAGCUUGCGCAGCUCGAGAACGACUAUCAGUCGGCUGUGCACUACGUCAAGGGUACCGAGAAGAUGCUGAGGCAGCUCAAGGAGCAGCUUUCGCGCUACAAGACCGAGAACGGCCGGCUAAAGGAGCAAGUCGCUGAGUUGGAGGAGAAGCUCAAGACUGGGGAGUCGACGUCGAGGAGCUCGCAGUCCCCCGCGGACUGGGAGACUCAACAGAAGGCGCUGCAAAAUGAGAUCAGUCGGCUUGAGACCGAGCUCAAAGACACGGCCUCCAAGCUUGAGCAGCAAGUCGAGGCGAUGCGGCUGGAGUUGGCCAAGGUGAAGCGGGAGCGUGACGCCGCGGCCCAAAGCAUCGAAGAAGCACAGCAACGCCUAGACAUUAUCAAACGGGAGAUGGAGCAGCUCCAGCACGAGAACGCCUUGCUUGAGCGCCGCGCCCAGGAUGCCGAGCACAAAGUCAGCGCGCUCCUGGACCAGGUCGAACUCUCGGUCGACAACUACCGCCGACGCAGUAGACAGGUGCCGAGCCUGAACUCGGAGUCGACCGGUGUGGCCGCUUCCGGAGCCGCCGGCGCCACCAACGGCGGCAGCGCUAGUCAAUCCAACCACCGCAUGCCGGGCCACAUGCGCCAAGAAUCCGCGACCAGCGAAGCCGACAGUCUGUAUAGCCCACCUGUCGGUGUCGGGAUUGGUGGUGGGCUGGGACCCGAGGCGAGGAACAGUACGGCUCUGGAUCACCUCGCAAACGAGCUGGAGACGCUGCGGAGCCAUUGGGAGGCUACGAACAAGAAUUAUCGGCUGAGCAACGCUUUCGACUUUGACGUCAAUCAGGCCGGGUCGUCAUCGAAGGAUGAACCGGUGAGCUUAGGGUUGAGUGAGAGCCUGGCGGAUUGGAGGAAGAGGCUAGAUGACAGCCAUCCGGACAGCCCGGGCAGCGCGAAGUAGUGGUGGAUGGGACUGGUGGAACGGGAUUUUGUAUACGGCAUGAUAUUGGAAGAAGGGAGUUGCGCGGAUGUGUACUACUAAUCUUCUGCUUUUUCUUUUCCCGGCGGGAGACGGGGGAGGGGGGCUUUUCUUUUCGUUUCUCACUGGCGGCGCCAUGGCAUAUUCCCUUUUUUUUUUCUCCCUUGUCACUGACUGAGCCUUAGAGGCCAUCAUUUGUUUCAACCCUGUCCUGUCUCAAGUGCAGUGUUACAAUUUUCUGUCUCCAUUCUGUUUUCGUCCUUCAUGAUCUAGC